UUUUCAUAAUGGAGCAGAACAACCAUCCGGUGGAUGAUUUCUCCCUCGAUGGAUUUUCACUUCCACCAUAUGCAAACAGCCAACCUGAUGUGCCGGUCUCUGAAGGAGAUAAAGCUGGGGCAACGCUAUUGUUUUCUGGAUUUUUUAUGGGACUGGUUGGAAUCACUCUUACUAUUAUUGCGUGGCUUAAACGGGAUUUCAGUCAAGAGUUAGGGUGGGCUCAGAUGAUGGGACCUAUUCUGAUCUCAGUCGGUGUGACCUUUAUAUUGAUUUCUGUAUGUAGAUAUAAGGUAAACUCUUGUAGGAAACGUACUAAUACAACGGUUGACACAGAACAAUCCCCGGCUGGACAGUCCUUUGUCUUUACCGGGAUUAAUCAGCCAAUAACAUUCCAUGGUGCUACAGUGUUACAGUAUAUUCCUCCUCCCUAUACGGUUGAUGAUGUUAUGGCAAGAGAUCCAAGCACUUUAACUCCUGUCUACAGUAAUACUAGUUCUGGGAUGGUCAAUGGGGUAUCCCCUCCGAUAUUCCCCCCUCAGUAUUAUAGUAUUUACCCCCAAGAAAAUCCAGCAUUUAUAGAAGAUGAAGAAUCUUCACAACCUCCAGAUCAUGAGAGAUCUCCUGUUUCAAGUCAGCAUUAUGAAAAUCAUGUACAAAGGCCAAGUGAGGCUCCACCAUUAUACGAUGACUUGUAUCCUCAUCUGAAAAUUGAUGUCCAGGCUGCAAGUCAUAAUUCAUAACUCAGAAGAUCGCAGCUCAGGAAUGCAAAUUUGCACAUGGAAUGAAAUAACCUGAAGUGAGAAUAACAUAAGUGUCUAUUCAACAUGACCUGGGACCCUUAGACAUGAUGUCAUUUCCAGUGGACAGUCCAGCUUUUAUUUAUUCAAGCGCACUAAAAGAAGCAAAAACCAAUGUUCCAUGUUAAUAGGAGACAGUUAUCCUUUUAGGCUGUG